AUGCAAACUUCUAAACUCCUUCUCUCUGCCUUAGCUGUCACUGGUCUUGUUGCUGCCAAGAAGCACAAGAACAAGUCUAACGAUACUUCUUCCAACGCUGCUAUGCCUGCCGUAGGUAACCCAAUGGCUGCUGGUGUUGCAGGUGCCGUUGUUGCCGGUGCCGUUGCCUUUUUAUUAUAG